AUGUUUGAGCCCAGUGAAAGCGCGGGUGAAUUGGUACUCACCAUUGUGGAAUCUGGUCAUAUGCUGGUGUCCCAAGGCCACGAUCUUCUGGAUGGGUUUUCCUUACUAGAUGCUCCAAGCUACCUCAAAGUUCAGCAGAAAUCAGAUACCCUGCUGUUCCGUCUGACUGUUAAGGGGGAGAGCCGUCUGAUCAGGAUGCAGUUCAGCGGCAGCAGGGCUGAGGCCCUGGAGGAGUGUGGCAGUGCAGUACUCAGACUGAAGGAGUACCUGCCUGUCACCACACAGGGGGGGCCACCACCACCACUCAGCUGCCCCCCAACACCCAAUCAGCCCCCUACCAAGACCACUGCACAGAAUCAACAGGCGGGUGCUGGGGAGGCUAUGGCUACUGAACCUGAGGUCGUCCAGGGCUCUUUAUCCAUCAAACGUCUUACCCAGCACUUCCUGGGCGAGCAUGGUCUGUCCUUGCCCCUGGUGUACCGCCACAGUGCUCUGUCCCGUGGGGAGCUGGAGCCCUUUGUCCGCCUGUGUCUCUUGGACCCCAGCUUCCCUGCCUUUGUGGAGGAGGCGGAGGGGGAGCUGAGGAGAGUGCUCCAGGACUGA